AUGAGUAGUGCUGGCUUUUCGCAUGGGAUGCAACUUUUAUUGCGACGGAUGUUGUGCAUUCGUGCCCGCACGGUGCGGUGCGUGCUCAACAAAGACGGUGGGCUGCUGUGCUUGUCUCGUGGUUGUUGUCACACACCGAAGAAUGGGAGGGUAAACUCUUCAGUAGAAUCAUGCCCCACGGUCGAGCUGCCGGAUGCUUUGGACAUGGACGAAGCCAUGACUCUCAAUGUGUACCGUCCCUAUGGCGAAAAAGAGGCACCACUCCAGGAAGCCACCAAGCAGUUUCUCUAUACACUCAUUACAACGCCUGACGAACAAGAGUGGAAGGACAUGCUGGCGGCUGCUAUUCGUCUCGAUAAAUGGCGUGAACAUCACCUGCGAGCAGUGUUACGUAGCGUGCAUCAGACACAGUAUGAUAUUGCUGUGUCACAGGGGGGUCGUGAAGGUAAAAUAAAAGGUGGAUGCACACCGGCCACACGCCUUCAACGCGCAUUAGGGGUAAUGCAAACUUCUGUGGAUGAGGGUUACCAUCCCACUCCAGAGUCCGUACACGCGCUUCUUGUUGUGCUUUUGCGCGCCAUCUUGCGAGGACACGGGAAUGAUGUGACGGGAACGGAUUUGAAGGAGUUGAAGCGACAAUCUCCUCUAACCACUCAUGAAGUCGUCUGGCAGUUUCUUGCUUGGAUGGAGCGCCACAAUUAUCACGUGAUGUCAGCCGCAGUGUUGGAAGACCUGGAACGCCUGAUUGAGGGUUUUACUCGUGAAGGCAAGAACGAGAAGCGGACGUGUGAAGUGCGGCAAAACCGUUUAGAAUACCUCCGGAAUGAGCGUGAUCUUCUUCUUGAGGGAUCUCAACUUUUGUCAAAACGGGGUGUUAACAGAAAAGAGUUGCCUCCGGUGACAGUACCGGAUGGUGACCGCAUGUGA